AUUGGAAAAUCCUAUCUGAGUUCAAGAUCAAUUUUGAUUGAAUUGAAAUGAUUUUCGAUAUUUUAGUAUAUUCAGUUUUAAGUGAGUUAUUGAGCGGUACUGCAUCAUGACAGAGAACGAAAACAACGGAUUCAUAGUGACAGUGAAGAUCAUUCGAUUUCUAUUGAAUCUACUGUCGAGAGCAGGCUUAGCAGGUGUUGUUACUUACUCGAUUUGGCUUCCAAUAGAACAUUACCAUUACUGGUUUUCUUGGCAUGUUAUUCUUUGUACACUAGGGUAUGUCCCGAUCAUGACAGAAUCUCUACUACUCUUCAAUGGGGAUGAUGGCUGGUCUGAACUCGUUACAAAAAGAACAAAGUAUAUCAUACAUGGAGUUCUCAUAACCUCAGGAACUGUUUGUUUUACAGCAGGAAACAUCACUUUGAUGUAUUUCACCAAAUCUAAACAUUUCUCUACUGUUCAUGGAAUCACAGGUUUGAUUUCCAUGAUUCUUUGUCUUUUGUCACUUCUUCUUGGUCUGGCAACUUAUAACUCAACAAAGCUCAGGAAAUGCGUCAGACCUGUGUUACUGAAAUUCAUUCACAACCUAGUCGGUAUAAUAGGAUACAUCAUUGGUAUUAUCAGCCUAUGCUAUGCUUUUUAUACUAGAUGGUGGAUUUUCUAUACCGAGGAAAAUUCAAGAUUAGCAGCAGUUAUAGUUACAGUUAUAACAACAUUAUGGACUCUGAAUGGAAGUAUUUGUUCUGGAUAUAAUCAAAUCAACUCCCUACUAAGAUGAAAGUUCCAGCAAAAUUUCGUUAUUAUGAUCAAUGCCAGAAAUUUAGUGGACGACUUUCUAUUAUCUGAUCGAGAACACUCAAUUUCCGAUCAUAACAUUUCAUUCCUAUCGAAUCAACAUUUGUGUAAAUUAUGGCUGUUUGCACCGUUUGUCUAAACAACGAUUAUAUUCUUAAACAACGUUUAAUUCCUUAACCGGAUUGCACCGUUCCUAAACGUUGAUUAUAAGGCCCUUAAACGUUGUUUAAACUAAACGCAGAAAUUUGCUCGAUUAAAACUUUGAUUGAAGUAAUACUUCAAAUUCGAUUGACAACUGUGUUUUCUAUUUGUGUUGAUAUGAAAUUCGAAUUAAUAAUGGAUGAUUUGGAAUAUGAGAUAUUAUUUGAUGAUGUUCUUGAUGCACUUGGCAAUAUCGAAUUUAGAUUUCCCAGAUGUUUUACCCGUAGAAGAAAUUAUUUCGAACGAAUGGACCUCACUUUUUUCAGAAGAUUUCGUUUAACGAAAGAAACCGUGCCGUGUUAUUUUUUUUUGCUAUAUAUUGAGAAUGAUUUGAAAUCUAAUAAUUAGAUAUAUUAUACAAAUAUAGAUAAUUCAGGAAUAAUAGUGUUGACCCAAUAAAUCAAUUGCUAGCUA